AUGAUAUUCUCCGGCCCUGUCGUCGUCCGGUGGUUCCGCUGGCUCCCUCCGGCCUUCGUCAUAAUGGGCAGCGCGUCCACGUACAUGACGGCAAUGGCGCUGCUCGGCCUGGCGGGGCUCGUCCUCCCGGCGCGCGCCUCGAACCGGCUGGAGAUGCUCCUCUACUCGUCCUACCAGAGAAUGAUCGGCUUCUGGUUCGAAACCUGGUCGUGCGUGGAGUUUCGUUUCUAUGGCGACCGUCUCCCUGAGGAACCGGAGAACGUCUUGUACCUCUCUAACCACCAGUGCACCAUGGAUUGGGUGAUUGUGGAAUUGUUGUGUGUCAAGCGAGGGGAGUGGGGCGGAAGGGCUCGCUACAUUCUCAAAGACACCAUCAAGUACCUCCCUCUCUACGGCUGGAUGCUGAGUGAAGUGCGUGUGUCCAAUUCUUACGGUUCCUACUUUAUACCUCUCGCUGUCGUCACUCAGCGAGGUGGGAUAUUUGUCAAGAGGAGACGAGGGACUGACCAACAAACAUUCAUUAGAGGACUGAAAGACCUCGCAGAGAGAAACACACCUACGUGGCUGAUUCUCUUCCCGGAGGGAACGAGGUUCAACCCCUACAAUCAGGCCGCCAUUGAGAGAAGUCAGGAGUAUGCUCGCAGCCUUGGUAUUCCAGAAUUGAAACAUGUGCUGACGCCCAAGACCACCGGAUUUGAACUGUCACUAAUUAUCAGGGACCACUUUGCAGCUGUGUACGACGUCACCAUCUACUACGAGGGUAAUCGCCGGGGGCGAUCCCCGUCCCCCGACAUGUUCCGGUUCUUCUCGGGAGAUUGCCAGCGAGUCCACGUCCAUAUUAGGAGAACUCCUGUAGCCGACCUGCCGGUUGAGGCUGAAGAACGGAAGGUGUGGCUUUACGACACCUUCUGUCGGAAAGACAGGCUCCUUGAAGAAGCCAUAGCGACAGGGUCCUACUCAUCUGCCACGCCCCAGUCCCUUCCUCUUCCGCUAAGCUACACCCUCCUUCCCACCCUCGCCUUCUCCGGCGUUCUAAUUGGAGCCCUCUCUCAUCGCUACGGGCGAUGGUGGUGGCUCGGCUCGUUUGUUGGUUUUUCGUUGCUAGGCUACGUGAGGAUGGCUUUCAAGUCGUGA